AUGUUUCAUAACUGUGAUUCCUAUAAAACCUUGAUUUAUAAAAAUAUAUUGCAAACAAAAAAUGAGUUAAAAUCUGAAAGAGUUUUAACAGAGGGUGAUAUAGCAGGUAAAAAGCAAACUAACGCUGAACGAUGUCUAGAAGAACGUCCAUUAGAUAAAAAAAAAAAAAAAAUAAAAUGGAAAAAUCCGUUUAAAUACGAGAAUCCGUACCAUAUAUGGCAAAGAGAUACUACUACAUAUUUGCGGGAGCGAUUUAGUAGUGAGACUAGUGAAAUGCACCCUAAAUGGAAAGACGAAAAAUGGAAUAAUGAAUGGAAUAGAAUUUCAGCUAACAAAGUUAAAGAACUAUCUUCAAUAUUUCAUCGAAGAGAUAUUUCAAAAGAGGAAAAAGAAAAAUUAAUUUAUUCUGCUGAGAAAGAACUCUACACACUAUUCGUGAAAUUUUUAGACGAAUGUAAGAAUGAUGUGAGAAGCAAUGAAACAGAAUCCAAAUCUAAGAAUGAGAUGACAGAAAAUAAAACAGAAUCUGAAUCUAUGAAGGAGAUGAUAGACAAUAAAACAGAAUCCGAAUCUAUGAAUGAGAUGAUAGACAAUAAAACAGAAUCCGAAUCUAUAUACUGCAAAUUAAAAAAUAAAAUAAUGCAUGCAUAA